ACCUUUUGUUGUUGUUUGUGAGGUGUUGGCAAUCGCUACGAAACCGGUGGUGAUGAUUACAAAUUAAGUUCAAAAACUGUCCUCAUUACCUAUUCCGUUAUCGUUUGCCCGAUCCCGACCACCCAGUGCCAUGUUUUGGCACAUAUUUUUACUCGUUUCGGGCGUAAAGCUGCUGUUCAUCCCAGCCUACCGGUCCACCGACUUUGAGGUACACCGGAACUGGCUGGCAAUCACGCACAGCUUGCCGCUCUCGCGAUGGUACUACGAGAAAACGAGCGAAUGGACGCUGGACUAUCCGCCCUUCUUUGCCUACUUCGAGUGGCUACUGUCACAGGUGGCCAAAUCGUUCGACCCGCGGAUGCUGGACGUGAAGAAUCUCAACUACGCUUCCGAGCAGACGAUCGUUUUCCAGCGCUUCUCGGUCAUCUUGACCGACGUGAUCUACGCGCUCGGUGUGCGCCGUUGCCUGCGGGCACUAAGCGCCGGCAGUGUCAAUCCGACCCGCUCCCUGCUCAUCGGUGGCGCGCUGCUGCUCGGUAACGCCGGCCUGCUGAUGGUGGACCACAUCCACUUUCAGUACAAUGGAUUCCUGUUCGGCGUGCUGCUUCUCAGCAUCGGUGCACUGAUGGAAAACCGACCCCUGCAGUCGGCCCUGCUGUUUGCGGUGCUGCUUAACCUGAAGCACAUCUUCAUGUACGUCGCCCCUGUUUAUGUUGUUUAUCUGCUACGGUUUUAUUGCUUGCGCGAUUUUACCGUCGGCCGGGCGGCGGUAAAACUAAUCAAACUUGCCACCAUCGUGCUGGGCGUGUGUUUAAUAUCGUUCGGUCCAUUCUACGAGCACAUUCCACAGGUCCUUUCCCGACUGUUUCCCUUCAAGCGUGGCCUCACGCAUGCUUACUGGGCACCGAACUUUUGGGCGUUGUAUAAUACCGCCGAUAAGGCACUGGCGGUGGCACUAGGAAAAGUGACCAAAGCAUCCAGCACCGGUGGACUGGUGCAAACGUUCGACCACACCGUACUGCCGUCCAUAACUCCUGGCGUAACGUUUGCCCUGACCGGGCUGGCAAUGGUUCCCGUCCUGCUCAAGCUUUGCACACUAAAACCCUCCACCUCGAGCGUGUCACUUGGCCGCUCUUUCACCCGAGCAAUCGUAAUGUGCGGAUGUACCUCAUUCCUUUUCGGCUGGCAUGUGCACGAGAAAGCCAUCCUGAUGGUGCUGAUUCCACUGACCCUGCUUGCCAUCGCCAACCAGCACGAUGCCCGGUGGGCCGUCUUUCUCGGCAUCGUCGCACAUUAUUCGCUCUUUCCGCUGCUGUUUAAACCGGAACUUACGCUGGUAAAGAUUUGUCUGCACGCACUGUACACCGCGGUCAGUGUUUUGCUGCUAAAGCUCAUUCAUCGUGCAACGUUCUUUCGCACGGUGGAGUUCCUGUACCUGGCCGGAUUUUCCGUGCUUUGUGUGUACGAAAAUAUUGUGCACGAUGCGAUAGGACUGCGGGAACGGUUACCCUUCCUGCCGCUGCUACUCACCAGUGUGUACUGUGCGGUGGGUGUGUUAUACUUCUGGGUGUCUUACCAAGUGUCUUUCCUCACUACCAACGGGGGUGAAAUGACCACAGAAAAGAAAAAGACUAAAUAACGUGAAGAUAAGAUAAAAAAAAAUUGAAUAAAAAAACCAAUGACUGAAA